UUUUUUUUUUCUUUUUUUAUUUUUUCUUGAUAAUAUAUAUAUGAACAAUAAAUUUACAAUGUCAAGGUAUAGUGAACCUUCAAAUACUAUUCCAAUACCUAUAAAGUCAAAAUCAGAACCUUUACAAAAUUCAACUUUACGAUUCAAGAAGAAACCAUCAACAAUAAAACCUCCUCCCGAGUUCUCACUUGAACAUGUUAACCAAGAUCAUGUUGCUGACUUUCUUCAAGCAUUAUCUCAAGAUCCUCUUGGUCAAAAUGACUCUGGUCCAGAAUAUAUAUCAGCUUCAAGUGAAUUAGUACCUCCACUUCGAUCAAUAAAACCAAGAAGAGAUAAAAAGAAGAAAAAGAAACAAGAUGACAUUGGAACACCCAAAGGAAUAUCACAUACUUUAUUGAAAUAUCCAUUUAUUUUGGUUAUUGGUAGUAUUAUGUUUGUUGAACUUGUUUUAUACCUAGGUUUACGACAAACUGUACGAAUUUGGGAAAGUUUAUUUAGUUGGCGUGGUCGACGACGUAUCUUACGAAAUCAUUUACGAAGCUCAACCUCUUAUGAAGAAUGGUGUCGUGCCGCUAAAGAUCUCGAUAAUUAUAUGAACAAGGAAGAAUGGAAGUCAACACCAGCUUAUGGAUAUUAUGAUUAUAGACUGAUUCAAAAAGUAAUCAAACACUUACGACUCUACCGUGAAAGGGACGAUCCUGAAAGUGCCAAUAAUCUGAAAGAUGUACUUUACGCUUGUCUCAAACAAAACUUUGCUGGAAUUGAAAAUGCCAAGCUUUACAGUAAUACUUAUUUGGGUACAAAAUAUCUUAUUGAAGAUUAUGUCAAUGAAGUGACACAAUCCAUUGAAUCCUUGGCUUCCAGUCCUCACAUUAGUGAUGGAGACAAACGGUUAGCAUUUCGAUUAUAUUCCAAGAAUUAUGGUCGUUCUGCAUUUUGUUUAUCCGGUGGUGCUGGUUUUGGUUAUUUUCAUUUGGGAGUGAUUCGGGCACUGUUGGAUCGAAACCUUUUACCAUCAAUUAUUACUGGAACUUCUGCUGGGUCCUUGAUGGGUGCCAUUGUUUGUACAAGGACGGAUGACGAAUUAAGACAAGUACUUGUUCCUGAUUUGGCUCAACGAAUACAAAUAGCUCAAGGUUCUUGGACAACAAAAUUAAGAAGAUAUGCAACUACUGGUGCACUUUUUGAUUCCGAACAAUGGUGUCGUGAUGCUAUGUGGUUUACGCGUGGUUCUCUUACAUUCAAGGAAGCGUAUGACCGAACUGGUCGAAUAUUUAAUGUAUCUGUUAUUCCCUAUGAUGCACAUUCUCCUUCAAAACUAUUGAAUUAUAUCACUGCUCCUAAUUGUGUUAUUUGGAGUGCUGUAUUGGCUUCUGCUGCUAUUCCUGGAAUUUUGAAUCCUGUUGUCCUUAUGCAAAAAGUACCAAAUUCUGAUCGUCUGGUUCCCUAUAAUUAUGGUCAUCGAUUCAAAGAUGGAAGUUUACGUACUGAUAUCCCUGCUCAAGCCUUACACAAUCAUUUUAAUGUCAAUUAUACUGUAGUCAGUCAAGUCAAUCCUCAUAUUCAUAUCUUCUUCUAUGCCAAUCAAGGUAGUCCUGGACGACCUGUUACUCACCGAUCUGGAAAAGGAUGGCGUGGCGGCUUUUUAGCAUCAACAAUGGAACAAGUAUUGAAAUUAGAAUUAUCAAAGUGGCUCAAGGUAUUACGCGAUUUGGAUCUAUUACCAAAAUUAUUGAAUCAAGAUUGGAGUUCUAUCUGGUUACAAAAAUUUGAUGGGGAUGUUACCAUCUUGCCAAAAGCAGGUAUUACAGAUUGGUUUUAUAUCUUGGCUGACCCUGAUGACAAACGAUUAUCACAACUGAUGAAAUAUGGACAAUUACAAACAUGGCCAAAGAUUGCAAUGAUUAGAAACCGCCUACGAAUUGAAAACUCUAUUGAACUCUGCCGACGAAAGAUACGUAACACUAUCAAGUCAUCUAGAAAACAGACAGACUCAAGUACGAAAAAGAACUACCUCUUCCACCAUGAAUUUGGCAGUGGUGGUAGUGAUGAUGGUGCCAGUGGUGAUGAAGCAAGAAUGAUGGAUGAAGUUAAAUUUUUAUCUGGUCGACGUCUCAGUAUGCCUGAUGGAAUGGUUGGUUCGAGCAAGGAAGGACAAAGAUUGUUGAAUGAAGAACAACAAAGACUGGACUUUUUAUCCCAAUUCACAGAUGGUCCUGGAUUAGGUUUGGCUGCCAUGGAGAACUCGGUAACCAUGAACGAUAAAGAUAACCACCAUCAAAACCAACUGAUUCCCAAUGGAAAACGAUUCAACGAUUUCAAUGACAUGGACGAUGAUACUAGUGAUGAAGAAUUUGUUUUAUGGUAGAUAUCGUAGUUUAGAUUUCUUGUAUUUUACUUUUGUAGAGAUUUUGCCUUCAUUGGCACACGUAGCGGAUAUUCAAAAUACAAAUAUAUCAAACCAAUUUUUUUUGUUUUUCCU